CUUCAUCUAGUGGCAAAAGAAUGAAGUUAAAGUCACAAUUAUUAUCUACAAAUUUAAGUAUUUUUGUCGGCGAUAUUGUUUUCAGUUUCGUUUAUCUACCACUAGGUGAUGCUGAAGAGACAUUCGUAUUCUACGCAUCUUCGACAUAGAGUGAGUUAAAAUAUCUUUUCUAACUACGUAAAGAAUAUUAAUUAUUAAUUAUUUUAUAUUAAAUAUAAUACAAAAUUUCGGACGAAAAGAAAAGUUAUACAAUGGGAAAAAUCGAAGUUAACGAUGAGAUAGUUCGAAUGAGGAAAUUAGUACGACAGGCCAGGGUAUGUGUAAUACAUAAAUUAACAAGAGAAGCUAAAACAUUGCGUACAAAAAAUGGAACCGAGAAGCAACAAGAAAAAAAUAGAAAGAAAGCGGAUAAAUUGAUCAAUGAGAUAUAUUUCUUAAAAAAGAUCAAAGAUGAUCGUAUUACCAAAUUUGGUAUUACUAAUACAAAAAGUUUGCAAGAAAUUUUACAAAGUAAAAAGUCUAAAGCAAGUACUCGUAUUAUGGCCAAAGUAGUGGAUUAUAAGUCGCUAAAAAAUGCUAUAAUCCAAUUUCGCAACACAUACUCCGAUUAUGAGCAACAUUUACAACCUGGGAAAAAUAAAUCUAUAAACCAAAAUAAGAAGUCUGAACAAAAGGAAGAAGAGAGCGAAACGAUAACAAAGAGAGAAACACGUGCUAGUAGUAGAGUUACUGAAAGUUCUUUAGCGAAUGAAUCAAAUUCUGAUGAUGAAGAUAAUAAUAAUAUAAGGACAGAAACCGAAGAUAGCAAUCAUUCAGAGGAAGAACAAACUUCAAAACAGAAUGAUUCAGAAGCAGAAAGUACUCUCAGAAUAAAACCUAUAAUUUGUAAACGGACUAAACACAAAGAAAAUAAAUGUUUAAAAAGAGAUAGAAAAGAAAGUACAGAAUCUAUAGAAGAGUGCGAUGAUAAACAUGAUAAUGAAGAUGUUAAAAAUAUCAAGAAAGCACGGGUAAAGAUAAUAUCCCAGGAACAUAAAAAACAAAGACCGGUAAAAGUUAUUAGUAAACAGGCAACAGUAAAAAGAUUUACAGAAAUUCUGCAAGAACAAAGUUCAGAAGAAAAUAGUUCUUCGAAGAUGAACAACGAGAAAACUCCUACUGAAAUUAAGUCAGAAUCCGAAAAGAAAGUCGAUUCGUUCUUCGUAAAUGGUGACGGUGAUGCGUACUUGAGCUUAGCAUCUUCAAUAAUAAAAGAAGAUAAAUAUCUGUCCGAGAAAGAAGAUAGUAACUUUUAUAAUAACAAAUCCAAAGGGUACAUCGAUAAAAGGGCAUUUGCGAACGAUAGGUUUUUCAGUAAUGUAAAAUCCUCUGAAACGAUAAGAGGAAGAGGAAGACAAAAAGAAAGUCGACACAAUGAUAACAAUUUUAAUAGAGAUAAAAGUUUAUUUAAAAAGCAGAAGAACAGCAAUGAAUCGUUCUUCAAAGAUACAAAGAAACAUAACAACGUCAUGAGCGAGAAUUCAAACCAAAAUGAAAAUUUACAUCCGUCUUGGGCAGCAAAGAAGAAACAACAAGAGAUUAUAAAGCAAGGUUUUCAAGGAAAGAAAAUCAUUUUCGAUAACGAAUAAAUUAUAACUCAUCGAUAUUUAUGUAGACUUUGUAAAUAAAUUAUUCUUAUCCUUAUACGACAA